GUACGUAUGAUGAUCUCUCCGUUUCCGGUCAGAUUUCCCGUUUAAAUGCUCUCCAUUUCCGUCUCGGGUUCAACCUUGAUUCAUUUCUCCAUUCCAAUUCUUCGAAGCCGGUGCCUGUUCGCUCCAAACGUACACGUCGAAAUCUUGUAACUACCGACGAAGGUGUUCUGCGAGACAGAAAUGUUGUAUGGAUUGGUGCUUGCCAAGAGUUAGAGCAAUGAUGUUUGCAGAGAGUGAGGGUGGGGAUAAAUCUCUUUCUAAGGAUUCUGAGGCUUUGAGUGUGUCAAAACAGCUUGUUAGGAGUGUUAGCAAGAGGUUGAGGAAGAAGAACCAUAGAGGUGACCUUCAGGAGGAAGAUGAUGCCAAAGGGGUUUCUUUAAAAUGUCUUACUUUCUAUGGUAGAGGCGGUGGUUGCAAAGUUGGUGCAUAUACAAGUGAAGAAUUUGGGGAUUCAAGUAGUAGCAAGAGGUCAAGUGCAAGUGAAGAAAGGAAGGUGUAUAAAACAAUUUGUGGUACAGAUGAGAAGAAUGUGGAUUGCUUUUCAACUGGGAUGAGGGAGAGAUUUUGGAAGAAAAACAACCGAAAGGAUUUAGUGCUUGAGGAAUCAAUACAAAAUAGCAAGAUGCACAUCUUUCUUCCAGAUGACAUUCUUGAGAUGUGUCUGGUGAGGUUACCACUGACUAGUCUCAUGACCGCUCGCCUUGUUUGCAAAAGAUGGAGAUACUUGACUACCACUCCUCGAUUUAUGCAGAUGAGACGGGAAGGUUCAUUUCAGCACCCCUGGUUAUUUCUGUUUGGUGCUGUUAAAGAUGGCUAUUGUUCUCGAGAGAUGCAUGCAUUUGAUGUAUCUCAACAUCAAUGGCAUAGGAUUGAUGCUGAUAUUCUCAAAGGGAGGUUUAUGUUCUCCGUUGCCAGUAUACAGGAUGAAAUUUACAUUGUUGGAGGCUGUUCAGGCUCAACCAACUUUGGGAUGGUAGAUAGGAGCUCAUUCAAGACGCACAAAGGUGUAUUGGUCUUUACCCCAUUAACAAAAUCUUGGCGUAAAAUUGCAUCAAUGAAGUACCCUAGAUCAAUGCCUAUUUUAGGAGUAUCUGAAGUCAGUUCGGAUAUUUUGGUCAUUCCAAGCCAUCAAAAUCGGCAAGAGAGGCGGUUUCCUAGGUCACGGAUUGCUGGUGUGUCAGAUGUUUAUGAGGAUCCUCACAGACUUUCAUUACGGUGUCAAUACAGAAAUGCUCUUGGUGAAAAUGAGUAUUCAUUCACCCCCAACAAAAAAUCAUGCAGACUUAUGAGACAAAGAAGUGAACAAUCAAACAUGAGGGGUUAUAGAAGGUUUGUGUUGAUUGCUGUUGGAGGUCUUGGCUCCUGGGAUGAGCCUUUGGAUUCUGGAGAGAUCUAUGACUCAGUGUCAAACAAAUGGAUUGAAAUCCAGAAGCUACCCGUAGAUUUUGGGAUUGUUUGUUCUGGGGUUGUUUGUCAUCUAAUGUUUUAUGUUUACUCCGAGACUGAUAAGUUGGCAGGAUAUGACAUAGAAAGAGGCUUCUGGAUUGCAAUUCAGACCUCUCCAUAUCCUCCUCGUGUUCUUGAGUACCACCCAAAACUCGUAUCAUGUAAUGGUCGCUUGUUCAUGCUUUCUGUCUCGUGGUGUGAAGGGGAUGGUCAGAUUGGCCAGAGAAACAAGGCUGUUAGAAAAUUGUGGGAGCUUGAUCUUGUGUAUCUUACCUGGUCUGAGGUCUUGGUACACCCUGAUGCCCCAAUGGACUGGAAUGCUUCAUAUGUCGCAGACAAGAAUCUAAUAUUUGGGCUUGAAAUGUGCAGAAUAUUUGGUCAGGUGCUGGACUUCUUGACUGUAUGUGAUGUGUCUAAUCGCAGGAUGAACUGGAAACAUAUUUCAAGGAAUCGUAUGGCUCAUAAACUUGAUGCUUCUUCAACUAAGACAAUGGCUGUGAUACAUCUGUAAUGCAUAUCCAGUAGUAGUAUGCCAUGAUUCAUCCAGAUUUUAGGCUUCUAUUCAUGAUAGAUAGUCACGAGAUUUGAGCAUGAAUUGAAACCUGAAAAUUCCUUUUGUUAUUCCGUCUGUAGAGAGGUACGGUUAUCUGGUGCAGACUUUCCAUUUAGGUUCUCUACCGUUGUUCCUAAAUUGAUCAUGUAUUUCUUUCCUUUCCCAAUAAUAAUCUCCUUGAUGUUUUGGAAGAGCCCAUUCUGGAUUCUGUAUUUAACGUAUGGUACUGGGAGAUUCUUUAUAUUGUUAUAAAGACUUUUCUAAUCU